GUCUGCAACAUUGCCUGGGCUCUUCUGCACUGGACAGAGGGGGAGGUGACCAGAUGUGGGCACAAAACCUGCAAAACUUAAACAACUUCCGUUAUCCCACAGAAGAUGCUGACUGUGGUGCUGCCUGUCUAUGCCACUCUUCUGAUCACCACCAGUGUCGGUGCCGUGGGAGCAAAUCUCACCCUGCUUUUACUAUUCAUGUCACACUUAAAGCUGCGCACAGACAGCUGGGCCCUGACACUGAAUCUGAGCCUGUGUGACAUGAUUUUUGGACUAUGUGUCAUCCCCGUUGCCAUCUACAGCAGCAUACUAGACGGAGGUAUCUUCUCAAAUGAUGGCAUUCCCUGCCAGAUACUAGGAUUCUUGUUCGUUUUGCUCCUGUUGGCUUCAUUAAACUCCCUGGUGUGGGCAACUGUAGACAAGUUUACCGAGAUCUGCUUUCCUCUACGCUAUGCUCAAAUGAUCACUAAGAAGAGGAUUUGGAUCAUCUUGGUAUCCCUGUGGAUUUAUGUAAUCGCUGUGGCCGCUCUACCCUUCCUAGGCUUUGGAGAAUACAGAUUCAGCAAAGAGGUAUUCAUGUGUUUGCCUUCAUUCAACACAUCUUCAACAGCGUAUGGCGUGACGCUGAUCAGCGGUGGUGUACUUGCCCCAGUCUUAGCCAUCUGUAUACUGUACAUUGCCAUCAUUCACAUCGCCAGGAAUCAAGCAAAGAGAGGAACUUUUAUGUGCAAUGACCAACACUGCUACUAUGUGCCCAUCCGGUCUUAUUUUAGGAAUACUCUCAUCCUCAUCGUGUCUGCCUUUUAUCUGCUGGUAUGCUGGAUUCCUUCAAUAACUAUUAGUUUUUAUGAAAUCUUUUAUUCUCACAAUGUACCCGUAAUAGCAAAAAUGGCUUCUACAUGGUUAGUGGUACUGACGUCUGGUGUAAACCCAUGGGUUAACUCAUUGUCUCAAAGGAAAUAUAGGAAAGCUCUCCGGGAGAGCUGGCGGAAACUUAAAAGAAUCUUUCAGGACAUGGGCUCAAAUUCAGAGCCUCCGAGUGAGAAUGAGAGGCAUUCAAGCAUACAGUCCCAUCAAUGCCUGCCUGGACAUAACACAGUGACUUCAGUUCAAACAUGAGCGGUGAAGAGAAUGUCUUAUAAUACACAGAUCACCAAAUGAGAUGGUAAUACAGUUCUCGCUGUGUAUGCUAUUACCAAAGACUUUGUAAAUGUUUUCACUAACUCAAGACUUUUGCUGCAUCCCCAAAACUUUCAGCCUAUGGUUCAACAAAACAGAAUUAAAAAUUGGAUGAUACAUAAUUGGAAUUGUGCAAAGGUACAACAAACAUCCAAAGAAUCAGGACAGGAAGUCAUAGAUGCGCACAGGAAGUACCUACGAAGGAUCCUAAAGUAAAAUGUUUGACCGCAAUGUCAAGUUUCUACAAGGUUUCUGAAAGCACUUUUUAUUUAUUUAAUAGGGUAUUUAUAUAGCACACACAUAUUCCGCAGAACUUUACAGAUAAUUUUUAGUCAUUCACAUCAGUCCCUGCCCCAGUGGAAGUUAAAAUGUAGAUUCCCUAACACGUCCUUACAUGUGUACACUAGGAAUUAUUUAUUUUCUUUUUUGCCAGAAGCUAUUUAAGCUAUCGGUAUGUUUUUGGAUUGUGGCGGAAUAUGGAUUAUCCCCCCCAAAAAAUACACGCAACAUACAAGAAGAGAACAUAUAAAUGCCACACAGACUAGAAUUGAACCAAUGACCCCAAUGUGCUAUGAAGCAGCAAAUCUAACCACUGUGGCACCAUGCUGCACCAAGAUUAAAUAAAGCUAUGAUUAAAUAAACAAGACCAAGCUCUACUUUCAACGGACUAACUGUAGGUGGCAACUUGUGGAAAGGACAUGGUGGAAUCUGAGCUUCUUCAAACAAAGCCCCUGCUGAUACCCCAACUCCCGCUAGAUUGUAUAGCUGUGAUAAUAGAUAAAACUGUUCAUGUAAAGUUGACAAGAGUGAAUGUCAUACAUUACUGGAAAUCCAGUCUUAAAGGUUGGGAUAAGUUUUCUUACUUUGUAAAAAAUGAUAUUUAUUGUGUAUCUCAGGUAAACAACAAGUAUGUGUGCUGCCCUUGUUACUGACCUGUAGCGUUUAACACAGUUACAAUGAUGCGUAUAUAAUAGAAGUGUGUCUGCAGCUCUGAAAGGGAAAUCCCUGAGCAUAUGGCUACAUUUUUAUCUCUAUGUACCUGCGUGCAAUUAUUGUACAUCACUGUAGAAGCUGUUGGUGCUUCUGUAGCACAGACAACCUAACCAUAACCUUCCCUUCCCGCAGCCUAACCCUCCCAGGCAUACUUACAUUUGGGAUUUCAGCUGUCGGGGUUCUGGCUUUGGCAUUCUGACAGCUGUUGGAAUUCCGACCACCGGAAUCCCAUACAUCGGGAUGCCAACUAUAUCACGGAGAAACAAAUCUAAUCCGUCAUUAUAUUUCCUUAGUGAAUUUUUCAUGCCCACCUCAUGAAGUAAGGAAUUCCACCCUUACUCAUGUUGUGUUACUGCUCUUACAGUAAAGAACCCCUUCCCCUUGGCUCUUACAUUUGAAAAUUAUGACUCCUAGUUAUCAGUGUGACCCUUGGUAUGCAAUAUGUUAUCUACUGUAUGUUCAUUCCUCUUAUCCUUGUCUUCACUUAUUAAGUUUUAAUGUCGGAUAACAUACAGAAGACCGCAAAACCAUGUUUCCUAUAAGGAGGAUAUACUCAUGUAUUUUCCCUUCACUGACAAUUAUGCAUCAUUGAAUGUUUUCUUAAAGGACAAUCCUGCAUCUAAAACCUUCGGUGCAGGUUAUUUAAAAGUGAAGUUUUUUUUCUUUGAGCAUUUAAUGAAAAAUAAAGUCUACAUGUCAAGGAGGCAUGUUAUGCUGGCCAUAUAUUAGGACGAUAUUGGAUACGAAUUUAAGAUUUCAACGCGUCAUAUGACGCAUUGUGAGCACAUAGUAUGUGUUUUCGGUAGGCUUACAAUGUGAAGUGCGCCCCUAUUGGUCGAAGUCGCAUCAAAUGAUCAUUCGUGCGGCCCAUAUUAUCUGUCGUAAUCGUAUGCACAUACGAUGCAUCGUACGAUGGUGCAUACGAUCAGCGUCCUUUAAAAUAACUUUUUUUUUUUUUUUUUAAGUGAUCAUGUGCUAGGUGAGGCAUGCAA